AUGAGCGCGCUCGCUCUUAUGUCUGGUUUGAUGUCGAAGAAGCCUGCGACACUCGUGGAUGCCUGGAUCGAAACAUGUCUCUCCGAGGAAUGCGCCUUACUACCAAUGGCGGAAUGUGGGCCCGAUAGCCUUACAUAUCAAGAUAUGCUCUCAGUGUGCUGCAUUCUGGCGGAAGAACUCGAACGAGACUAUGGACCGACACCUACUGUGGCCAUACUCAGCGAGAACCAUCCGUAUGUCCUCGCGGUGAUACUUUCUGUGUGGCUCCUCGGCGGCAUAGUGGCGCCUCUGGACCAUCAUGCCCCGGACGAGCUCAUUAGUGGGAUGCUUACAAACAUUGGGCCGCAAUGUGUCGUAGUUCCGGAGACGGACGCAAGGGUUCAGAAAAUUGCAAGAUCUCAUAAUAUCCCGCUCCGCGCCUUCGCUCUCGAGGGAAGUACGAUCCCUGCAUUGAUCCGCCAGUAUGGCCCCAAGAAACUCACGCCGCCUCCCGUGCAUCGCCCUCCGGAGAAUAUUGGGCUAUAUGUCUUCACUUCUUCCGCAUCCUCCGUCUCCAACCUGAAGGCCGUUCCGCUGUCACACCGCUCGAUCUAUGCGGGUUGCAUAUCCCAACUUUCCUGGCUUCGUCGCAAUUAUCCGGACAACGAUUUUGCUCGAUUGCGAGUCCUGGGAUGGUCGCCCUGGACGCAUAUUAUGGGCUCAACAGAGUUGGGAGGUCCUCUUUUCCACGGUCGUUUAGUCGAUUGCAUGGAUGCGGGCUGGCGGAUGGAGGAUAAACUUAUAGCGGAUGCUCAGCUCACGCUUCUCGAUCCGCAGAGUGAUGGAAGAACCACCAGAGGUGAACUCCUGAUUCGAAGUCGUCUCAUCAGCCGCGGCUAUCUAAAUCAUGAUAGUACGGCUUUCCGUGGAGAUGAUGAAGGAUAUAUCACCUUUAGCACAGGAGAUAUAUAUUCGUUUACGGACGGUCGAUACACUUGGGAAGGUCGCAAGGAGGAAUAUAUUCAGCUCUUAUCCGGAGAACAAUUUGAUCCAAGAACAAUCGAGCGACAGCUGGACGGCUCUGCUGGCAUUUCCCGGUCCUGUGUGGUUGGCGAUCGGUUCCUAGGCGCCACCUCUCGACAUGUUUGUGCCAUCAUCGAGCCUGACACCGGUAGUGGAGAUCGAGGCGAUAUCAUGCGUGCCAUAGGUGUCAUAAACCGUGAUUUACCGCCUCCUCUGCGCAUCACACCACGCCGGAUCCUGAUACUCGAAGGCGACGAACGACUGCCACUGACGAAGAAAGGGAUGUUAUUCCGCAAGAAGCUUCGUCGGCUGUAUCAAGAUAGAUUGGUGGACAACUUCGGUCAAGUGGCCGGACGUGAUAAACAUAAUCAGCAAGCACCUGCAAUGGAUGACGUCCGCCAGACGGUCAUCACCGUUAUCAGUGGCAUUUUAGGCGUAGAGAGAGACGCGUUAGAGGCCGACCAGAACUGCACGUUCGCAGAACUGGGCAUGGACUCGCUCAUGGCGGUCGCUGCGGUGAACGCGCUGAACGAGCGGUUUCAACUAACGUUGCCUUUAUCGACAUGUCACGACCAUAUCAAUGUUCUCGCCCUCACGACGGCCGUCGUCGGCGCCCUGGCGCCUCACUCUGCGUUGUCCCACGACAUCCGUGCAAGCAGCAGACAAUAUAAUCAAUCCUCUAUUGAAGUCGUUAUUGUUGGCCAGGCUGUCCGCCUUCCUGGUGGUCUCGACACGUCGCACAAGCUAUGGCAGGCAUUGAUUGAGCGCCGAAAGGACAUCAUGACCCCCAUACCGCCGCAUCGGUGGGACCACGCAAGCUUCUACUGUCCUACCGUCGAGAAGCCAGGUGAUGUAACCCUGGAUCGAGCGGGCUUCGUGGAUAUCGAAAGCUUUGAUGCAUCUUUUUUUGGUAUAUCCGCGUCUGAGGCGUUAUCGGUUUCUCCGUCCGUCCGUCUAGCACUCGAAACUGCAUUCGAAGCAUUUGAAAAUGCGAAUAUACCUGUAUCGCAAGUUAAAGGCUCGAAUAUGGGAGUUUGGGUGGCUACUGGCCCGGAUGACGGCUAUUCUCAUCUUCUAUUCGCUGAAGGAGGCUUCAAUAUAUAUAACCGGUUCUACGGCCAAGGCAUCGCCAACAGUACUGCCUGCGGCAGACUUAGCUACCUUCUCGACCUGCACGGGCCUUCAGUAACAAUUGACACGGCUUGCAGUGGCGGCCUAGUCGCACUUGACCACGCGGUUCAGUAUUUGCAGAGCGGUGAUGGCGAUAGUGCGCUGGUAUGCGGCGUAAACACCCACGUUUGGCCAGGAAUUCUUGGGUUCCUCUCCGCCCAGCGCAUGACAUCCCCAGGAGGGCGUUGCGCCACAUUUACCGAGGAGGCGGACGGCUACGUUCCCUCCGAAGGAGCCGUUUCCUUGAUACUGAAGACUCGAUCUGCUGCUGUUCGUGAUGGAGAUACAAUCCUUGGUGUGAUCAAGAGCACGGCAGUACAGCAUAACGGCCGUACACAAGGUCUUAUCGCUCCAAGUGCGAAAUCACAGGUUACUCUGCAGAGAAAUGUGCUGUCAAAAGCAGGGCUACAACCUUCCGACUUGCAUUUGGUCGAGGCGCACGGUACCGGGACUCGGCUCGGUGAUAUCAUAGAAAUCCAGGCGAUCAACGAAGUCUUUGCCGGCUCUCAUGAACUUCGAUCUCCUUUGAUCGUCGGCGCGGCGAAAUCGUGUGUCGGACACACUGAGAGCGUCGCUGGCUUAGUAGGUGUCGUAAAGACACUUUUGUCCUUCAAGCACCGCACCGUCCCGGGCUUGGUUCACCUCACCGAAGGGAAUCUCAACCGUGGCAUAAAUUGCAAUGCGGUACCAUUACGUAUCCCUGCGCGUACCGUUUCUCUCAGGCACGAUUCGGGCCCAUCUCGGGGCCUUGUCUUGGCGUACGGCUUCGCAGGUACCAUAGCUGCUGCUGUGCUGGAACAAGCUAAUGAACAGCGCCGCGCACAAGGUUCAGCACCACAACGUCCACAAUAUAUGAUCUUUGCCGUUAGUGCGAAGACAGGCGCCGCUCUUAGAGAUCUUAUCUUCAAGUACAUCUCUUAUCUAGCCCAUACUCCGGAGGAAUUCUUCGAAGAUGGACUCCAAGUGGUCCACGCGUUCCCAGGACAGGGUUCACAAUAUCCUGGGAUGGCCAGAGCUCUUUGUGCCUUCUCCGGGUACCGAGAAAUAAUCCUGGAGGCUUGUGCAAAGGCGUCUAGCUUACUCUCCGUCGAUUUUCGCGCCUUGCUACUCGAGGAGUCGCAAGAUACAGAGCAUUCGCUCGACAGCACCGAUAUAGCCCCUGUCUGCAUAUUCUUGUAUCAAUAUGCGGUAUCCACCUGGCUGCAGAGCAUUGGAAUCAGCGCUCAAGGUGUUAUUGGACACAGCGUCGGAGAGAUUGCCGCUUCUGUCGUUGCUGGCGCGCUCUCGUUUGAAGGGGCCGUGCGGUUCAUUAUAGCUCGGUCAGCGGCCAUGGAUCACGAUACUCCGGAACGCGGAGCGAUGGCAGCAUUGUUCACUUCCGAAGAAACGGUCAAAACUCUGAUCCGAGAAUCUGACCUAACGGAUGAAAUCACUAUCUCGGUUUAUAACUCAGAGCAGAACCACGUUGUUUCGGGGAAACGAUCGGCGCUGGAACGUUUGCUUCGAAUCGCCGAGGCAUCUGGUGUGAAAAACAUUCUUCUGAAGGUCAAACAAGGAUUCCAUAGCCCAUGCAUCUCGUUCUCGCUACCUGCAAUCCAAAAGUGGCUAGCGAAUCAUGAGGCUGAACUGGGAUCGCCCUCGAUUCCAUAUUAUUCGUCUUACUUAGGGGGCCUUGUCGGUCAUGAUCAGAGGCUCGAUACAGAAUUUUGGGUCAACCAUGCUGCACAACCUGUGCGCUUCAGUGACGCCUUCAGAGCUCUGCGAAAAGCAUCCGCUCCAACUGUUCUGGUUGACGUCGGCCCACAACCAUUCAUACUCGCGUCUUCUUCCACGCUGGACUCAAUUUCUGCGGACAAGAUGGUCAUUGGAUCCUGCGCCAAAGAGGGCAAGGACCAGACAUUUGCAAUGCUGAGGGCGCUCGCGGUCUUACAUCAACAAGGCGUGGAUGUGGACUUCGCGCGUCUCUACUCGGAACGCGGUGUCGCAUAUUUGAAGACCGAGUUGCCUACGUACUCAUGGCAAAAGAAGUGGUUCUAUCCAUCUGUGCGGCCAUCGCGCAAUGGACACGGGCAAUUCACCACCUUGCCCGUCCCGACUAGCCUGAGCGAUGAUAGGACCAUCGACGCUGGCCUCUACGAACUACUAGACGAUCAUCGCAUACAGGGUCGACGGGUGUUGCCCGGGGCGGCGCUUGUUGCUUUACUCGCUUUAUCACCUCAUAAUCCAGCGAUGGCGCUCAAAUCUCUGCAGUUUCAUAAGCCCAUGAUUGUGGAGCAGGUCGGUGACGCGGUGCUAAUGCUAUUCGCAACGAAUGGUUCCGUCUCCGUCACCACGCGGCAAUCGGACGACGUUAUAUGUUCAGGUUUCGCUGGCGAGAUAUCCGAAAGUCCAUAUAACCGGCGCAAUGGGCAGCCAGCAACCACCAGUCCUGCUCGCAUCUUGAACAAAAAGCAAAUAUACUCGAACUUCCGCGAAACACAGUUUGGAAACUUGUUCAGCAGCAUCCAGGACGGAAGAAUUUGGAGCGACCGUGCAGAAGCUCACGUCACGAUACAUCCCUCAGGAGAUGCCACAUCUGACCUGAUUCGCCAACUUGACGCCUGUUUCCAUUUCUUUGGAGCAUUGACGACCGAGUUUCCACCUGGUGUCGACGGUAAUGAGGGCGCGUUCCUCCCAUCUUCCGUAGAAGGUUUCAAGAUGAACGGGAGGUCACUGCCUGCAGAAUUCAUUUGCCGCUAUAGGCUUCCGAUUUCCACCGAAAGGAAGUACAAAGUGAUGUCUACAUCUUUCGAGGUACUCUCGAUGGAAGGCGAGGUCCUUGUUUCAUGCCAAUCAUACAAGGUCGCCUGGAUACCCUCAAGCGCAAUUCAUCCGCCUUUGGGUAAUGGAUCGAUGCAGCCUAGAAUGUUCAACUGGCGGUAUAGAUUCGACACCGAUUCACUUGCAUCGAGCUCGACGGAUAUCAAUCACCAUGCAAGAAGCCCAUCUUUUGAUGUUCUCAUUUAUCGUCCGACCACGUCACCCGGAGAAUGUCGCCCGUCCACGACUGGCUUAAUGUCUACUUGGAUGCCGGUGGUUAUUUCUCCCAUAACGGACCGCCCUUGGGGUUCCCAAGGAUGGCGCAUACUUGAAGAACAAGCUCACGAAAUGCAUGCAAUGCCCUGUACCGAGGAGAACCUGAUAUCCAAAUUCGCGUCGAAGCAGCCAUUAGUGGUUCUGGACAUGACAAGCCUAUGCGAGCCAUCAAAAUACGGGGUUUUGGUCACGACAUGGGUCAGCGUUUUGCAGCUGCUGAAGUUGGUAUCGAAAGGUCUCAUUCAGAUUCGAGGUGUCGUUGUUAUCUCCUCUGAAUGUGCGUACACCGAGGAGCAGACCCCUAGGCCGGAUAGUCUCCCAUCGCAAGCACCUCACAUUCUUUCCGACGACAAUGAUAUACCGUUGGGCGGGAGCGCCGUUCAGGGCAUGGUUCGUGUUCUGCGUCGCGAGCUUGGCUUGGACGCCAGAGUAGCGUGGGGAAUCGAUAUUCCUGCCAACCUAGACGCGGCCGUGAUCAAAGAGCUGGAUUACCAUAUACGGAACGAGGUUUCCGCCAGGCUGAACACAACUUCCGGAAUACGUGACUCCUUAGUCGUGUAUAGGCGAAGCGCAGAGAACAACUCCUGGACGAGGCGGCGUCCCGUUCUUUCACCCAUCUGGCCAGUCCCCUCAGAACAACGAAAACUUGGGACGGGCGGUACGAUAAUCACGGGUUCAGGAAGCAUUGGCCUCGCGCUAGCGACGGAAAUAGUGAAGGAGACGGUGGAUGCGCCCUCCGGAAUUUUCGUUCUCGGCAGGCGAGCGGAGAGUGACCGAGUAAUUCAAAGGAUGCUGCACGAUAUUGGCCACCCGCACAAAGUGCAAUACAUUCAGGCAGAUCUGGCAGACGUUGCUGCUUUAACCAACACACUUAAGGAUCUGCAGAAUUCAGAGCGUUUCGGGCCUAUCAACUCGAUUAUACAUACCGCUGGCACCGUCAGGGAUUCAACCAUCCCUAGUAUCAGCAGGGAGCAUUUCGAGGGUGUGAUCUUCCCCAAGGUUCAAGGCGCAUGGAACCUGCAUGUAGCGAGCCUUAAUGCCAAGUUAGACGUGAAAUCAUUCGUAUUGUUGAGUAGCAUCAGCGUUCCACUUGGAACCGCAGGGCAACUAUCGUAUGUAGCGGCGAACUCCUUCAUGGACUCGUUGGCCGCGUACCGCAACAGCAUGGGCCUUCCUGGACUGUCACUACAACUCGGUGCCUGGGAGUCGCAGCUCACAGCAAACAUGAGUUUCGAAAAGGCGGCAGUGAAACUGGUGACACACGAAGAGGGCAUUCCUAUCGUCCUUCAGAUCAUCACCCGAGCGCAAUCCAAUAAUGGCACACCGGACGGGACGAUGGCGGUGCAAGGGAUUGCGAAGCUCGAUCUACAGCAGCUUGCAACAGAUGGAGUAGCUGACAGUGAUUCAUUGUGGGAUGAGGUGUUGAAGGACGUUCAGACGACUCGCAUUGGGUUAAGGAAGGAAGACAUCACGAAGGAGGCUAUACAGAAGGCACUCUGGUCCAGCUUGGACCAGUGCCUCGGAUCGAGCAAUGAUGAACCAGACUGGGGCUGCAGUCUCGGGUCCUACGGUGUCGAUUCCAUCGCGUUCGCCCAGAUACGGGGCGCUCUGGUUGAGGCACUGAGCGUGGAGGUGCCCAUCAAGUUCCUGGAUGAUCGAUAUUCACUCCAUGAUAUCAUCGAGCACCUGCUAUUGACGACGAAUGGGGAAAAGCAAGGAUAGAAAUUGGCACUGAACACGAAUCCUUUGAUUAGGGUGGUGAAAUGUUGUCUGCGUCUGUCCUAGUUUACGUAGUGAAUUUCUGAACGAUGGGAGCUAGCUU